AUGUACUGCAACCCAACAUUUCAUCCACUCUACUAUGCUGUGACUGAUGCCUUAUGUGAAUACUUGAAAUGUAGAAUAUUAGCUGCAUCCGUUGCCACUCAUUAUUUCGGCCCCACGGAUAGCAACCCCGAGCCAGAGUUUCUCUCAUCCGAUGAAGAGGAGGACAUAGAAUCCCUCAAGAGAUGUCUCAACGAGGCAAUAAAAAUCAUUUCACGACUGACACGCCGCAACGAAAAGCUGGAAGCGCUUUUCGGGAUGGCUUCGGAAGAGGAUAUCCCUAGUAACUCCCAACGGAACGAUUCGCGACACAACUACAGCUUUAUCGACAAAGGCAGCCCCAAAAACAUCCACCCACGUAACACCUACUCCAAACACCUCAACCGCCGCAUCAACUUCAGCCAGCAGCAGCAUAUCAUCCUGCGCCGCAAUACCAGCUGAGACAAAUCGCCAAUCGUCAACAAAACAUCAGGCCCAGCAAACCACGCCGGCACCCACCAAAAGCCCAUCAUCAGCCACAACGCCUUCCCGCCAGCUCACGCCAUCACGUCCCGUCAUGACACCUACUCAUCUACCUGCUACAUCGCCGCAGCGUCCCGCCACCACCAUCCAAUCAUCAGCUCAACAGACUAGAUGCCAGCAAGUGUCGAUACCUCCGUCACGGCAAAACCAAACCAUCAUACCGACGCCAACAACAGAGACGAAAAAAGUGACUAAAUUCCCACCUUUAAUAAUGAGGACUGACACUCCUGCCGCUAAAAAUAUAAUCGGCCAACUCCUAAGCUCAAACCCCGGCAAUAUUGCCAUCAAAAAGAUGAGUUUACACUCCAUGAAACGUCUUCUCAAGA